AUGUCCAACAACAAAGAGCAGCCACCAUCCUACGAUGAGGCCAUCAGCAGCACCGAUUUCCCUCCUGCAACGCCUCAACGUCCUGCUUUUUCGGCCCAAACUCCUCCUUUUCAUCCCCCUCCUCCCCAUCAGCGUCCAACGUCUGCUCCCUUACGUCCUCCUACCGCACCUGUUGGUCAGACAUCAUCUUCUGCCGUGCCCUGGACCUAUCCAAGAGGCUACUACUGCCAAAAAUGUGGGAACACCGGCAUCAAAGUGAAAACAGGCCGUCCCUGUAAACGGUGCUGGGGCCGUUUUGCUCACAGCGCUCCUAACUCAAACGUCCAAGUGCAAUAUUCCUCAGCGUAUCCCUCUUACUACUCUUACGGGCCCUACAGUCCGCUUCCGCAACCCAUUGCCCCGCCAUCGAUGUCUGGUUCACCUCUUAUUUUACAGCCUGGGGACCCCAGAAUUGGAGGCGUUCUAUGUGGGCAAUGCAAUGGCAAAGGCAGAGUGCGAUUCCUACUAGACAAAGAGAUUUGUGGUGUAUGCCGUGGUACAGGAAGGGUCUUUUGA